AAGUGAUUAUUAACAAAGAGAGGUUUAAGAAGGAACUGCAAUGCUGGAAAAACUGAAAGUAGACAAAAAAUGCUGGAGAAAUUCUUAAAAACGAGAGGAUGUGAUACAUUUCGGGGUAAAAAAUGCGAACAUUUUUCUCUCAAUAGUCCAGAGAAAUGAUUUUGGAGUUGAUGUGAUAUCCACCUGCACUUUACAGGUGCGCUCCCCUGGUCCAGGUGAGUUCGUGGUGAAUUUCUCGACGUGAAAUUUACCUGCAACAAUAUCAUAGCUGGCGGACUGUGCCAUGGGUGGCGUGGGGGGGAAUGUAGAUGUGCAUAGUUUCAUCGACGGCCGUAUCACCGGUUUACAGUUUAUCUAACAUAGUCGUUCUAAAACAAAGUGUUCGUUCUGAGCUGGCAAGCGUGUCGUUUAGCCCGAGGGAGAGGUGCGGGGAGAGAUAAAUGUUAAAUGCUCAGAGGCUGCCUCCCCGGUAAAGGAUUGGUGAGGACCCGGAAUUAGCUCCCGUUUCACCUGAACCUCCUGGUCACCACUUGGACAAGUUGCCGUAAUUGGGCCGAGAGCGCCGAAGAAUGGCUGCUUAUAGUCGCGUCCCGCACAGGGAACUCACAGAAGUCGACAUCUUCAAUGGGACCUGUUCAGAAGGGGAGGGGGACUCCUUCGUGAACUCAGUUGGGAGUAACUCUGAUGGGCUGCCCGGCUUCGGGGCUUGGACGCUGAGUGCGGGUUGCCCGGGAGGAGUAAUCCGAGGGCCCUCGCUUCUCAAAGACAGCGAGGACAUCCUCUACUCGUCAGCGUUAGUCCCGGCUCAACUCUGGGCGAGCGGGCUGGCCGCCGCCGAGAAAGCACAGGGACCUCGCAUUGACCCAGGAGCGGGGACAGUUUGCAGACAGACGUCUUCCAUCGUGGACAAUCUGCUGACGGAACUCUAUGUCUCCUACACGUACAGCGGCAGGAGCAUUGACAGCGUCGACAGCUCCACGGAAGCCUCCAGCUCCGAUGCUUUUCUGGGGAGGAGUAAUUCUGGAUCCGCAUUCCUGCAGGAAUUUCAGGAACAGCACACGACUAAACAUCAGGUGCAAUACCUGGCGCAAAAAGAUGUGGAUGAACUGAAGCGAAUUGUAGAGGAGCUAAGGUACAGAAGUGCCGUGCAGUCUGCCAAGCUGGUUCGCCACCUAAGGAGAAAGGAUAAUCUUUCACAUAAACUGCAGAAAAAUAGUGACAUUGUGACGGCAUGUCUGCAAGCAGUUUCACAGAAAAGGCGCGUCGAUACAAAGUUGAAAUUCACAAUCGAGCCAUCCCUGAGCAAGCACGGAUUUCAGCAGUGGUAUGAUGCUCUGAAAGCUGUUGCUAGAUUGCCAACAGGAAUUCCAAAGGAUUGGAGGAGAAGGGUUUGGCUGACGCUGGCAGACCACUAUUUGCACAGUAUCUCAAUUGAUUGGGAGAAGACAAUGCGUUUUGCUUUUAAUGAAAGGAGCAAUCCUGAUGAUGAUUCCAUGGGUAUUCAAAUAGUGAAGGACCUUCACAGAACAGGCUGUAGUUCUUACUGUGGGCAGGAAGCUGAACAGGAUCGUGUUGUGCUGAAGCGAGUUCUUCUGGCCUAUGCUCGUUGGAAUAAAUUUGUUGGCUACUGCCAAGGUUUCAAUGUCCUUGCGGCUCUCAUAUUGGAAGUGAUGGAAGUAAAUGAAGGAGACGCACUAAAGAUAAUGAUUUAUUUGAUUGACAAAGUGCUUCCUGAGAGCUACUUUGCCAAUAAUCUACGUGCAUUGUCGGUGGAUAUGGCUGUUUUUCGAGAUCUUCUCCGGAUAAAACUACCUGAGCUUUCUCAGUAUCUCGAUGAUCUCCAGAAGGUUGCCAACAAGGAAAGUGCAGGUAGUUAUGAGCCUCCCCUGACCAAUGUCUUCACCAUGCAGUGGUUCCUAACUUUAUUUGCCACGUGCCUUCCUAAUCACACUGUCCUCCGAAUCUGGGAUUCCGUGUUCUUUGAAGGCUCUGAGGUGAUCCUAAGAGUUGCCUUGGCCAUCUGGGCUAAACUUGGAGAAAGAAUCAAAGGCUGCCAAACUGCAGAUGAAUUUUACAGCACCAUGGGAAGACUGACUCAAGAGAUGCUUGAGGAUAGUCUAAUUGACUGUAACGAGCUGAUGCAGACACUGUAUUCAAUGGCACCAUUCCCCUUCCCACAAAUGGCUGAACUGAGAGAAAAAUACACUUAUAACAUCAAUCCAUUCCCAAUCCCUGUGAAGUUGUCGGAAUCGCAACGAAGUCUCAGUAAAACCAAAGACAGUGAUGAAGAGAUUGAUUUGGAUGAUGAAGACGCCAUAGCUUCUGCUGUUGGUUGCCUGGGCCCAUUCAGUCUUCUUGUUCCAGAGUUACAGAAGUAUCAGAAACAAGUCAAAGAGCAACAGGACGAGCAGAUCCUGAAAUCAAGCAACAUUGCUGAGCUCAGCCCUGGGGCAAUCGAUGCAAGUCGCAGUGAGCACCACUCUGUUUUUAACAGCAUGAUGAUGGAGCGCAUGACCACUGACAUCAAUGCACUGAAGCAACAGUACAUUAGGAUAAAGAAGAAGCAGCUGCAGCAACAGGCCCACUUCAUCUUAAUCAAAGCAGGAACAGAAAAUGAAAUGAAUCCUGGGAUCAUCUCAGAUCCUAGGGACCAGAUGAAUAAUGCUAUUGAAAGAAGUGAAGGAACUGCCACCACCAUUCUGCCUUCACAAACCAAUGAAACUCCAAUGAUGAAUCACCUGCUCCUGGGCAAGAAACUGCAAGUCACCAACCGGAUCACAAGGAAUGCUGUCCUUCACGUGGCCGGAUCAAGGGCCCCACACGACGACACAAAGUCUAAGCUGAACUCGCCGUGGCGAACGCACAUUCGUGUUCACCGCAAGAACCUGGCAAGGAGCAGGCACCAGCUGAGCUACAGUGACACCAUCGGGCUGAUGGAAGAACAAGGGCAAGUCACUAAAGGAAGAAAUACAAAAGCAGUGGAAGAGUCUUCCCUUAGCUCUAGCGAGUGUGCAGAAGCCGUCACUGAAAUUGUUGAGGACCGCGUACAAGCACAAGGAGAUGGGGAGACCUCCAUGCCAGUUUACAAGGAUGCCAAUGACAACGUGACUGAGAUUCAGCACCAGCUAAAACUGUUGGAUUUGACCCAAACCGACACAUCUACAGUGGAGCUUCCCAGCCCGUCACCAAGCCUACGGCGUUCCUCUGAUUCUUCGGAUUCUGAUAAAGGAAUUCCAGAUCUCGGCCACAGGAUUAGCGCUGUGAAGUCUCAGACAUUUAGCCCAUUUCCAAGCAUUAAACCUCCCAGAAAAUCAGCAGCAGCGAGAAAUUUGGGUUUAUACGGCCCGACUGAGAACACUCCGACUGUUCAUUUUCCCCACAUGAGGAAAGGUGCACACAGUUCUGGAAGCAGCAAAGUAAACAUGGCCAGGAAGGAGUGAGGCAGCCACAGACUUUUGGUGAUGACCACUUUGAUAUAAUUUAUUCUUAAAUUAAGAUGUUUAAAAACACUUUAUAUCAUGUGCAAUGUUACAAAACCUACAGUAUGGAAACAACACUUUAAAAAUUAACCAUGGUCAAAUUUUGAGGUAUUGUUGGAUUAAAAGCAUUUAUUGAAAUUACGGACCAAUAUUAGCAGCGCUGUCAUCUAAAAUUAAUGGAUGAUUUACGGCAAACAAAAAAUUUAUGGUGGUAAUUCUUAAACUUGUCACUAUUAUUGUCCUAUCUAUAGCUAUUGUAUGAAGUGACAAUAAACACUACUGUUUACAAUUUUAA